UGGCAAUUGGGUUUAUUGCAACAGGGCAGGCAAACCUGGAUGGACCAACUGCAAGACUUGCGGUCACGUGUGGCAGCUACCAUCCACGUCAACGAUGCCAGCGGGAGGUCAAGCAGCUCCUGGUGCAGCAGCUCAGCCAAUGGUGGACCUUCUCAGGAAGCAGUACCUCACGGCCAAGGAGCAAAACGACCAGACCCGCAUGGACGAGAUCCUCGCAGCUUGCCCCGAGGCAAAACCAGCUGAACCAGUCGCAGCACCAGAGCCAUCAACAGGACAGAAGCUCCAAGAGGCAGUCGCGGAGCUCAACCGUCUCCAGAAGCACCCAGACAAGCUGGCCAAGCAGCUCAAGCGUGCUACCGAGUACCGCAAUGACGUACUCCAGAGGAUCAGCACCAACGUGUCCGAGCUGGCCGACGCGAAGAAGCACUUCCAAGAGGCCAAAGCCGAUGUCGGAGGAGAUGCAGCCGAAGCACAGCCAGCCAAGAAACAGGACGACGCGGAGGAGGAGUUCCCGACCUUGGACGAUGAGGAGUUGGCCAUGCUGGACAGCAAACAGAAAGAGGAGUAUGAGGCAAUCCAGAAAGAAUUCCAGAAGGCCAGGCAAUACAUCGACGGCAAGAAGACAGCAGUCAUCAACGCGAAGAAGGCGCUCGACGCAGCCAAGACCAUCAAGACCAAGGUGGAGCUCGCCAACCAGUUCGACCUCUCAGAUGACGACCAGGUCAAGGCCUACCUCUCGAAGCUGGCCCAGAUCAAGAGCAGGGCGAAGGUCAUGGUCGCUACGCGGCAGGGUUCGCAAGGUACUGGCAUCAAGAUCCAGACCGAAGGCAAGAACCAGCAGACCAAUUCAGACGAUGCGAAGCCCAUCGUCACCAUCUUCGUGGCCAACGUUACGCAGUGCAACGCGGCCGCCAAACUUUUCAUCGAGGGCAAGAGCAAUCAGUACGACAUCAUCGCGCUGAGCGAGCACCACCUACGAGAUGCGCAGGGCCACAGCAUUUUCGCCAAGGAUUUCCAUGACAUCACCAUGGUGAAGUGGCAACUCAAAGGACAGCAGAUCGCAGUGAUCACGGCCUACCUCGCAGCAUCCAUCGGCUUCACGGGUGAGAAUAUCCGCAAGAUGAAGCACUUACUUCAGCUGACAAACUACACGUGCAGCAGUGGAACGGGGCGCCUCAUCGACUAUGCCAUCACCCCUCCAGACUUUCGGCCGAUGCUCAAGCAGAUCCGUGGCGAGCAUGAGGUACCAUGGCCCCCGCACAUCGGCAUCGUUAUAGAGCUAUGGGCCCAGCCGUCGACGAUCCUUAUCCGCAAGCCUAUGCUCCCAGCCAAGCGCCCCAUACCCAUGACGGAAAUUCAAAGAGAGAAAGGUAUCAAGCGGCAACAACGCGACCGCACCCAGUACAACGAAAUGGCCAAGUACCUUGAAGACGACCUCUUGGACAGCAAGCUCCUGGACACGUACUACACGAAGACUGUGGCCAUGCGAUGCGACCAGAAUAUCUGGGAUGAGUGCCGAGACGAGGAGGCAUCUUGCCGAAUCCGAGGCGCGCCGUCGUGGGUGCAGAAUUCGAUAGCGUACAAGCAGGACCCGCGCAUGAGUGAGUUGCUGGGUAAGUUGUACGGCAAGUGGGCGAAUGCGGCGGAGCGGGCACUCUCGACCAUCACGGAGGCACCGAUCCACCCACGAGCGAGACGUGGACAGCCAACACGCUACAAGGAGGCACCCUACCCGCAGCACAUCGCAGGCAAGCCAAAAGGUAACACUAAAGCGGACGAGCAGCAGCACACCAGCAUCCUCUG